UAUAUAUAUCUAUUGUUAUAUCAGUGGAUGUGACAGACAAUUUUCGAGUCUUUUCCCAGAAACAAUCAAACGUUCAAAUGCCAAAGUGCAACGACAGUCGGAUUGACAGCAGUGUACAGGUUUUGUGGAAGGAAUUGACAGUUCAUGACCGAUUUUUAAUAAUAUUCCGACAUGAGACCAGCCAGGAGAAGACAACAGGGGUUAGAAUACGGUCUGGUAUUGUUAGGGAUGCAAGCAGCGAAUUAUGGGAUUGAGAAAAUUCCACCGGUUACUCUGGCAGCGAUUAUUGGACAAGCUCUGCUGUACAUAGGAGUCGUCCAAGUUCCAUGGAAUUCCGAGGAUGUCUGCAUAUCAGCAGUUAAGAUCCUGAAGUACAAGGACUGGAGGUCCUUCUUCGUGUCUAACUUCGAGCAUGGCUCUGACAUGCACCUGUACUACAACAUGAUAUCAUUUUUGCUGAAGGGUGCCUACCUGGAGCCGAUGUAUGGCACUAGUAAUUUUGGAAUUCUCUUGGGAAUUAUCUCGAUGUGUUGUAGUGCCAUGUACGUUGGCCUAUCCUACGUUCUUACCCAGAUAACCGCUGACUACGGUUACAUGACGACAUGUGCCAUCGGAUUCUCCGGAGUGCUCUUCGCUCUGAAGGUCAUCGUCGUCUGUGAGGAGCAUGACAGGCUUCACAAUAUCGGGGGAUUCAGGGUGCCUAGCAAAUUCGCUGUAUGGGCAGAACUCGUUAUAAUUCAUCUGCUUGUGCCAAAUGCCUCGUUCGUGGGACACCUGGGGGGCAUUCUCGUCGGGUGUUUGUACUGCUACACCUCCGUUGGGAGCUUCAUCGACGCAAGGAUCAAUUCCAUCACUGGAAGACCUAUCAUUCAUGAAGAAGCCUUCUACAGGAGAAGAUCAGUCUUUUGAUUUUUUACUCCAGGGAAAUACCUGGGUAAAAUAUAUUUCCAAAAUUUUCGUUAUGUCCGUUUUUUUAAUUAUUCGUUACGAAUUUAAUGCAAAUAAAUUCAAAUGCACUUUUUGUACUUUAAAGAAUAAUACCUAAUAACAUUUUUAUAAUUUUAUUUUCUUUUCAUUAUGAAACAGUUUCUUCCACAGAUAUAAGUGAAAAUCUUCCUUUGUUCGUUGAACAAAAAAAAAACAUUUCUUUUGUGAAAAAUAUAUUUAUAACACCACUUACAACUAGUACAAAUGUGAACUAUUUACAGUGGGUAGUUUCCUAUGAGAGAAAACUGUGAUUGUGUGUAUAUUUCGAUAAUAAAAAUUUCAUUGCAA